AUAUGGUCGUGUGUGUUUGUACAUGGCAUGCGGCUCUCAGUGAAUUAGUUUAAGUUUAUGUGAGAUAAUAAGUGAACGCCCUGGUAUGUCUUGCAGAUGAAAGAUGUCUGUGUUUAUGGAUUUGAACAUCUCCAGCAGUCAUGAUACAAACAGACUCAGGAGAAUCAUAGAGACAGCUGCUCACCUUGGCUACUCCACAGUCGCAGUAAACUAUAUUGCUGAACCACAGCAGAAGAAACAGGAGAUUCCUAAGCCAUUGAGUGUAUCAGACACAUUUGAGAAAUUGCCAAUAGUUCAGGGCAAAUCUACACCUAUCAAAAUAUUGAAUCGCUUGACCAUUGUGGCCUCUGAUGCAUCUCAUUUUAGACCAAACAAUGAAUACAAAAACUUUGACCUUGUGGCUGUGUACCCCAAGACAGAAAAACUAUUUCAUGCAGCAUGCAUGACAUUUGAUGUUGAUAUUAUCUGCAUUGCAGUGGCUGAAAAACAGCCCUUCCAUUUUAAAAGGCCUUCAGUUUAUGGGGCUAUUGACAGGGGAGUGUUCUUUGAGAUAACUUAUGCAGCAGCCAUUAGAGACUGCACCAUGAGGAGAUACACCAUUGCCAAUGCUAUCAGCCUCAUGGAAGUCUGCAAAGGAAAAAAUAUCAUAUUGUCCAGUGGAGCCGAGAGGCCUCUUGAGAUGAGAGGCCCAUAUGACAUUGCCAAUUGGGGGCUUGUGUUCAGCCUGUCUGAGGGAGAUGCUAAAGCUGCAGUUUCUACCAACUGCCGAUCUGUCUCUCUGCAUGGAGAGACGAGAGCCACUGCAUCUCGUGUUGUUCACACCUUGAAGAAACCACAAAUAACCAAGGAGCAUGAAGAAGAAUGCCCAGCACCUAAAAAGGCCAAAACAGAAAUAGCAUAGACAAUAUUCUACAGUAGAAAGGGGUUUUAAAUAUACAUGUAUUAACCAUUGUGUUGUUUCAUAGAAGGGGUUUCUUUUCUCUUUUUUUUUUUUUUGCAGAUCCAGUCUUUUGUUUCAUUCUCAAAGUCUUGCUAUCCACUUUAAAUUGAAAGAAAAUACAGAUGUGGUAAAAAUGCCAUUUAUUUAGUUAACCUUUGAAAGGGUUGCAAGCAAAAUUAACAGAUAAAUUAAACAAAGUACAAAAUUACUCAUGCCUCACUAAGUACAUUCUAACAUAAAAUUAUCAUAAAGACUAUAAAAAGAAAACCCAUCAAAUCAUCAUCAUGAUCAGAAACCAAGCUAAACGUAUUCUUGGCUUUGGAGCCAUUUUGUGCAUUUUCAUGUGAAAAGACGAAGACAAAAUUCAAUUAAGUUUUUCAUUCCUUUCUGCUUUAUCUAUGAUUUAAUAAAAAGCUGUACUAUGCUUCAUAUGUCUGAAACUCAUAAAACUUUCAUAUAACUUUUCUUUUUAUAAAGGUGUAGUCAUGCAGAGUGCCAUAAUAUACCUUCAUACAUAUCAGAUUCAAAUAUGUAGGCAAUCUAAAAAUUCUGGUCUUUAUAUGUAUUAUGCUCAAAACUGU